CAUCCCUCUUUAAGCCCUUGAGCUCAUCUUUACUUUUGUAACUUACAAUCCUUGAGAACGAUGAAAUCAGGCAUGGGGAUUGAGGAGAGGAAGCAGUUGAAGAAACCAGCACAGGCCAGCUCGAGAAAGGGGUGCAUGAGAGGUAAAGGUGGACCUGAGAACGCGAGUUGCACCUACAAAGGUGUGAGGCAGAGAACAUGGGGCAAAUGGGUCGCUGAAAUACGCGAACCCAACCGUGGUGCUCGCAUCUGGCUCGGGACAUUUGAGACCUCUCAUGAGGCUGCUCGGGCUUAUGAUGCUGCUGCACUCAAGCUUUAUGGCUCAGACGCCAAGCUCAAUUUACCAGACCUCUUUACCAAACCUCAAUGUCACUCUCAAUUUCCUCCUUCUCCACCACCACCACCUCCACCACCUUCUGCUGCUAUCUCUCAAGUGGAGAACCUGCAGCAUUCCCAGAUUGAAGACAACAUAGACAUGUACCCUUGUUCCAAUUUCAACGGCCACCCUCCAGUCACCAUGGCCUCUCAGCAGGUCGGAGUUGAACCAAUUUACACCAGUGACUCCAUUAUGUCUCUUCCCUUGGACACCGAUCCUAAGCCUGUUGAAACCUAUCCAAAACCUGUGUGGGGAACCAUGAACGAGGGUUUGCCAGUUUUCGAUGAUUCUAUCUGGACAGAAGCUGCUAUGUCCCUUGAUUUCCCUCUACUUGCUGCAGAGACUGAGAUUUACGCAUUGGAGAACAUGGCUGAGGUUAUGCAAUCUCCAUGGUGCAUGUAAUCUCAUCACAGCAACACUUAAAAGGCAAGGGAAAGUAACAAAUAUAUCUCACAGCAGCUUUUGUUCUCCAUUCCCAUGCCACCUGGACGGUUUCAUAUAUCUAUAUAUAUCAUAUAUAGACAUAGUGUAAGUGCUCUGUAAAGACAUAUAUGAUCCCCAAUUAAAACUAUCCUAGUUAAAUAGUUAUAUCAUAUAAUAUAAGAUCUAUUAAGAGUCUAUAUAAAAUGUCAUCCGACCGUUGGUUUUCUGAGGACGACAAUGGUCAUGUGGUUAUCGUAAUAAUAUUAUCACGAUGAUAUUGUUAUUAUGUUAUACGUAAAUAUUAUGUUUACAUAUAACAUGAUAAAGUAUCAUGGAUGGUAAUGUUAUUACGUAAAAUAUAUAAAUAUUACUUAAUAGUAUUAAGGGAUGGUGUUAGUGUUUUAUCACCCGUUGUUUAAGGGUCGUGUCUUCUUUAUGCAGCUUGUGUGUUAUAUGUCAAUAAGUAUGAACGUACUUGUUUGUGUAUUAUGUGUAAUAAUGCUGCUUAUAUAAAAUGUAAUGUUGGAGUACAUUAUGUUUA